AUGAUAGCAUUUACGUCAAACGUAAAGACAAAAUGCGACCUGACUAUACUAAUAUAUCUGCGGGUGUUAUAUCACGGUUACAUCUACACAAACUCAGCAUAUGUCACAUUGUAUGGUGCCGUAAUUGAUAGCGUCACCGGCGAUGAAAGACCGAAUUUUAUUAUUUUAUUCGCAGACGACAUGGCUUGGGGUGAUCUUGGUGCGAACUGGAAUCCCCUCAAAACUGCUUCAGACACGCCAAAUUUGGAUGAGCUCUCUGAAGGCGGAAUGAGAUUUACAGACUUUCACGCGGCGGCGUCUAUUUGUUCACCGUCACGUGCGUCCCUCCUGACUAGUCGCCUUGGCAUCAGAACACGACUGGUUCCAAAUGCUGCCGUAGGGGGCCUACCACUGAAUGAAACCACAUUUGCCGAGGUGUUUUACGAUGCUGGUUACAACACGGCAAUGAUAGGUAAAUGGCAUCUUGGUAAUAAUGGGAGUUUCCAUCCAAUCAACAGAGAGUACGACAGUUUCGGAGAGUACACAAGUAAUGAUGAGUACGCCUUACCACUGUAUGAAAAUUACACUGUAGUUGAACAGCCGUUGGACCUAUGGAAUCUUUCAGCUAGUUAUGCUGAGAAAACAGUAAACUUUUUAAAACAAACACAAAAUAGUGAUAAACCAUUCCUCGUGUAUGUUGCAUUCACUGACAUGCACGUGCCCCUGGGUCAUGGGUCAAAGUUCACGAAUAUGUCGGUCAACGGAUUUUUUGGUGACACCUUGCGUGAAAUGGACAAUAUUGUCGGUGACAUGUCUACACUGCGAGCUAUUGGCAAAGAGGACAACACGAUGGUCUGGUUUACAUCUGACAAUGGCCCCUGGGUAAUCAAGUGUCAGUAUGCUGGCAGUCAGGGACCUUACAUUGGUAAAUGGCAAUAA